UGACUCUAUCCAUUCCAUUCCCCCCGAGUGUUCAUCCAUAAACUAAAUUUUUAUUCAAUGCUACAUUAAUCCGAUAUUAAUUGAUGGAUUUAUUAAGGUUGAACCGAUGCUCGAGUUUCGAAAACAUAAUUUCACAUACACACUGAAAUCUCUGACAUUUCUUCACCCUUCUCUUCUUCUGUUCUGCAUAAAGAAGAAACGAAGUGGUUAGCAUUUCCUUUUCUUUCUUUCUUUCUUUCGGGAAUCACAUUUCCAAGUUUGCAAAUCCCUUUCCUCUUUUACUGAUAGUCGUAUUUGGUUUUAUCUUCUUUUGCCGCUCAUUUUCGAUUUUUCUUCUUUUUUAAUUUUCACUUUAUAUAAUUUAGAUAAAAUAUAAAAAUAUUCGACUUGUUUGCGCAUUCACCCGUCUCAAUACGUUUAUCAUCCUCACAUGCUCCUAAAUUCACUCAUCGUGAUUGGGUUUAAAGAUCUGCGUUUUAUCUGGCCGCUCUCGAUUUCAGAUUGGUAAAGGGUCAUAGACUAAAGUCGUCGCUUGCAACUGUGUAAAAUGGAGAACUAUGAUAUAUUGGAGCAGAUUGGUAAAGGCUCCUUUGGCUCUGCGCUGCUUGUUAGGCAUAGACAAGAGAAGAAGAAGUAUGUUCUGAAGAAAAUCCGCCUAGCUAGACAGACUGAUCGUACCCGCAGAUCUGCCCACCAGGAGAUGGAGCUCAUUUCCAAAGUCAAGAAUCCAUUUAUUGUGGAGUACAAAGAUUCCUGGGUCGAAAGGGGUUGUUACGUGUGCAUCGUGAUUGGUUACUGUGAGGGAGGAGACGUGGCCGAAGCCAUUAAAAAGAGAAACGGAAUUCAUUUCCCUGAGGAGAAGCUUUGCAAAUGGUUGGUUCAACUGUUAAUGGCACUGGAUUACUUGCACUGCAACCACAUUCUUCAUCGUGAUGUCAAGUGCUCGAAUAUAUUUCUGACAAAAGAUCAAGACAUACGUUUAGGGGAUUUCGGUCUUGCUAAAGUAUUGAUUUCCGAUGAUCUAGCAUCCUCUGUAGUGGGAACGCCUAGUUAUAUGUGCCCCGAGCUUCUUGCUGAUAUGCCUUAUGGUUCCAAGUCGGAUAUCUGGUCCUUGGGGUGCUGCCUCUAUGAAAUGGCUGCUCACAAGCCUGCAUUUAAAGCCUUUGAUAUACAAGGUCUCAUCCACAAGAUAAAUAAAUCAAUCGUGUCUCCGCUUCCAACCAUGUAUACCGGCCCCUUCCGUGGGCUAAUCAAGAGUAUGCUUCGGAAAAAUCCAGAGCUGAGACCAAGCGCUGCAGAUUUGCUCCGGCAUCCACAUCUCCGGCCAUAUAUCCUCGAUAUCCAUCUCAAGUUGAACAACCCUAGGAGGCAUACUUUUCCAGCUCUGCCCUCUGAAUCCAAUUUUGUCAAGAAAACGAGAUUCGUUGGAGCUGAUGCUGCCAAACGAGAGAAAAGGUUGUCAUUCAGCAACAAUAGGGCAUUGAAUCCUAGCAUAUCUGGAAAUGAACUCGACAGUCCUUGCUCUUCGAGAAGAGCACAAAAAACGUUCAGCCAUUUGAAUGAUAAACUGUCCGACCUAUCGAUUGGUAGUGUCGGUGAUGAUAUUGGAGUGCAGAAGUUGGCUAACUCCACCAAGUUCAGUGCUGUCAAAACUCCGAGAACGACUUCUGCAAAGACUUCUUCGAAUCAUAGAAGGCAGUCUAUGACCCCAUCAAGAAUGUCGAACCCUGGUUCUACUCGUGAACUGCUUCCAGUGUGGCAUACUCCAGCGAGAAAACUGUCCCGACCAGCACGCAGAGAGUCUCUUCCGCUGUCUACCCGAGUUAAACCUAGUGUCGGUCUACUUGGUAGUGUGGAUUCCCUGGAUGUCUCUGUCAACGCUCCACGAAUUGACAAGAUGGUCGACUUUCCAUUGGCGUCUGAGGACGAGUCUGGGCUGCCAAGAAGCCGCCGGAGCUCAUUCUCCUCUGUUCAGUGCUCGUACACCCCACCAUACAGCAGUGGCCGUUCCAUCACGAAAGACAAGUGCACGGUCCAGAUUCUCGACAGAACCUUUGCUAGGUCACUCUCCGCUCAAGGCCCGCUGUACAACGGGAGCGAGUGCUCCGAACACAACCCGGUCGGCGGCGGGAGUUCGAGCCGUUCGUCGGCGGAUUCUCGGCAGAGGAGGUUUGACACGACGUCGUACCAGCAGCGCGCAGAAGCCCUGGAGGGGCUGCUCGAGUUCAGCGCGACGCUGUUGCAGCAAGAAAGGCUGGACGAGCUACAGGUCCUGCUGAAGCCGUUCGGGCCAGAGAAGGUGUCGCCACGCGAGACGGCGAUAUGGCUGACCAAGAGCUUCAAGGAGAACGCAGCGUGAUGAAAACCCAUAUAAGAAUAACAACUAACGGCAGGUAGGAACCAACCAUUACAUGGUUGUUAAUGUAGGGUUUCUUUUUGGCAUUAUCAUGAACUUCUUGUUCAUGGGAACCAAAACUAGAGUUGAGAGCACAUACUAUUAUGUAAGAACUUGUCUUCAUCUUUCUGUUUCUUAAUCAUAGUAGUACUAAUAUUCUAGCAUAUAAAAAAUGACCCACAUAGGAGUACAAAAUAUGCUGAGAUGACCCACUUAAUU